CCGCAACCAAAAAUUGACAUAACAGGAAAAGAUCAGCGGUGUCAAAACUGCAUACGACAUAAUCAGGGUUCACUAUGGAUAGUACCGAGCAUAGGAAUAGAACACUAGGAAUAGAACACUGUUGGUCUGAUCGUUUCCAUGAGUUUUCAGGUACUUGGCGGUAAAAUUUAUAGGUGGCGAUGAUGCACCUUAUAGAAGAUGUCAACUUUCCGCCCCAUCAAAUUUUUAGCUGCACAAAUUUGCCAGUGCUGCCGGAUUAUUCAGCACUGGAGAGAUUUAGUAGAGCGAUCUUUGCAGGUUACGGACUUAAUUCCAGUGCUCGCAACCUCCGACAGCAUAACACCCUCCAAACUUCAGGGCCGAGCAGUUAUAAUCACGUCAGCAACGGCGGCAAUUGGCCUUCGGUUGCGGCCUUUUUAUGUGCCUGGACUAAAAAAUUCUAGUUUUACCGAGUCUUGCAGAUGUUUGGGUGAACAGCACCAUUUUCUGCAUGUAUGAGCGACAAGGAUAUGUAAUCAUCCGUAGA